CCUGUAACCAACACAUUCACUAUGUCGAGCCCAUACAACCGCGGGGGUAGCGGGCCUGGACAGGGGUCCAGUCCAGGCUUUCCUGCAGACCAUCCUCUACAUUUUGGCAGUCCAAUGCGGCCUGGACCAUUCUCAUCCGCAAGUGGACUACCAGGACCAGGACCUAGGGCUCUGCCACCGCUUAGUGGUUUCGCGCAUCUCUACCCUCCCGCCAUCCCAGACGGCGGCAGCACGGUAUCGGGUCCUAAUACUAUGGGUGGCCAGUACGGAGGAGGCGCAUUCAUCCGUAAUACCCAAUCUGACUGGCCCAUGGAAUCUCAUGGCGCCACAGCCUCGGAGCGCCGAUCGUUGAUGUCGUCCUCCCCAAGACCUAAUGCGGCCUCUACCGGAGCCUCGUCCGGGAGUAGUAGAUACUGGGAGGCCAGGAACCCACAGCUACAACCGCACUCGCGUGCAUACGAGCAUCUAUACCGGCCUGCACUCUACGAUGGUCUCGGACCACAAGCUCAGGUUGAAGCGGCAAGGCAUUUCACGCCAUCAUAUCUUCGGGGCUCCACAUACGCAAAGAGGUUGGAUGAAUCACACAAGGCCAAGCUGGCAGCGCUGAAGGAAAGCUCCAGCAAUGCCGCCAUGUCCAAGCAUGGUGGCGGUCCCGUACCCGGCACCACCAACGGCAGCAUAUUGAGACCAGGCGGCAGGGGCGGGCCUGGGGUUACUGGUUUCGGCCCUGGUGCGCCGGGUGAUCCCGGCCUUGCAUAUCACAGCGAUCAAAUUAAUAAGAGCAGGCCACCUUCGCACCUCGGUAUUGCAUACAACGUCACCGAAAGGCCUUCGGUACCGCCUGAAGAAACAGACGGCAUAAACCCCUUACCUACAGAGUGGAAUGGCAAUGACAAAUACGGCAACCUUGAGGUCGUGGCGGACGGCUGUGAAGUCAAGCUCUCGGGUCUUAGGGUGUCUCCCGAUCGAGAACGCGACCACGAGGCUUUUGCUAUCCGGGCAGAUCACUACAUGCCGCCAGAGUGUGGUAUCUACUAUUUCGAAGUGACGAUAUUGGCCAGCAAGAGAGAGGAAUGCACGAUAGCCGUAGGCUUCUCUGGAAAACACGUAUCGAUGGCCAGAGCACCGGGGUGGGAGCCAGAAUCAUGGGGUUACCAUGGAGACGACGGCCGGUCCUUUGCAACUUCAAACGUGGGAAAGGACUAUGGCCCGAAAUAUGGCACUGGUGAUGUCAUUGGCUGCGGUGUAAACUUCAGGACGGGAACCGCCUUCUUUACCAAAAACGGUCAAAAUCUGGGUACCGCGUUUCGCGAUAUCAAGGGCAAGCUGUACCCCGUCGUGGGCCUCAGGAAGACAGGUGAUCACAUCAGGACAAACUUUGGGCAAGAGCCAUUCGUCUUUGCGAUCGAUGUGUUGAUGGAGAGCGAGAGGAAAAGGAUAAGAGAGGAAAUCGAGCUUGCCAAACCGGCAGAGAUUUCAGGCAUGGGAGAGACCGAGUUCAUCCAGCAGUUGGUUAUACAGUUUUUACAGCACGACGGGUACAUUGAGAGUGCGCGUGCAUUCAACCAGGAGACACGUGCCGAAAAGAACGCUCUUGCACUAAAGUCCGAAGACGCCGUUGAGAUUACAGACAUUGCGGAUGAUGAAGACGCAAUCAACCGGCAACGCAUCCGAAAGGCCAUAUUAGAAGGUGACAUUGAUCGAGCCUUGAAGUACACAAAAGCAUAUUACCCUGAUGUGCUCACGGAUAACGAAAAUGUAUACUUUCGCCUGAAGUGCCGAAAGUUCAUCGAGAUGGUUCUGAAGGAGGCGACGCAAAGACUCGAGGCCGAGAAGAGAUACAGCAACGGCAGCAGCAACGGCGUUUCUGAUCACCAGGACACGGACAUGGAUGAUGGGGCCGCCCUAGGAACGGAGGAUGAAGACAUGGACGGUGAAGACGGUACCGAGAAUGCCAGUGGCGUUCCAAAGACGGUUGCAUAUGGCCAACAACUGCAGGCGGAGUUCAAGGAUGAUCCGAGGCGGGAGGUCACGAAGACGCUCGAGGAGAUAUUCGCCUUGGUGGCUUACAAAGACCCAUUGCAGUCAAAGGAAAUGGCGCACUUGCUUGAUAAGAAGGGCAGGGUUUCAGUUGCUGAGGAACUGAACUCGGCCAUUUUGUUAUCUCUGGGCAAGCAUGAGCGCGCGGCUCUUGAGACCUUGUGGGCUCAAACGACAGUACUCCUAGAGGACAUUAGGGAAGACGGCGGACCAGGCGCAUUCGUGGCGAUAUCGGACUACACCGACCAGAUUCCAGCGAACCCUUAA